AUUCAGUUACACUUACUAGUUGAAUACAACACAUCUACACACAAAAGAAACGAGACAUAUUAAAUAAUAUGCACAAGACUUGGGCUCGGGCAGAGCAGGUUCGCUCUUGCAAGGAGAGUCAUCAAAUAUUCCCCUCCGAUGAGCCGCCACCGCGUCGUCUGUCGUUUUCCUCGUCUUUCGAGAAAGAACAACCUUCGAUGAGUUUGCUGCUGGGCUGGGAAUAUGGUCGACUCUGGUUGAAGGAACAUGAAGAGUUUGUGACCAAGGAGUUGACCAAUGCCAAGCCGCCAUACAUUGAUCCCGACUUUGAUUGGUGGGUCAAUAAGCGCACAGCUGUCAUGGAUCGUCGUCAGUAUUAUUUGAAGAAUAAGCAGAAUCCGCACAUGAAGAAUUGCAAUUUAAGUGCAUUUGCUGCGAUUAAAACGCAUCGCCAGAAGAAAGAACGCGGCUCGGCGGCUGAAUCGGAAAAGCAAAGGAUAUCGGGUGGAAAAGAGAAUUCCAGCCUGAGUGCCAACUUAACCAUGAAUUCGAGUGUUAAUGACAGUUCUAGUUCUGAUGCAAUUGUUAAUGCCAGUUCUAAUUUCAAGUCGAAGAAAUGCAAGUGCAAGGAUUGCGUGCAGCGUCGGAAAAGUGGACAGGAGAUAAAGUCUGGUUCGUAUGGACCUGAUAAUCGGAAAGUAUUCUAUGUUACCCAAAAGCUCCUCUCAAUGCCAUGGUAUUGACAGCAAUUUUGUGCGUUACUAAAGUUGGGAAAACGUUGAUAUGACACUCAUUAUUUUAUGUUUUGUUUGGUUCAGCAAUGAAAUCGAAUAAACAAAUGUAUUUCGCAUAUGAAAUAACAUAUAGAAA